AUUCAACAACCAUGAAGGAACGAGAAAUUGCGAGACUCGAAGAAAAUGUGGCAGUCAAUAAACUCUUUGUGGAACAGCAAAGUGCAGAGGGGAGGCAGGGUGAGGGAGCGAGAGAGGCUUACAGCAUCAUCCCUCAGGUCCAGAAUGUCUGCACUGUGGUCGACGGCUUCAUCUACGUGACAAAUGCUGAAGGCAUUAGAAGGCAUGAUCGAGAGCAGGAAGUGCUCCAGAUUCAGGCCAUGAUUGAUCCAAGACUUGGUGCUCAAAGCCGCCCCCUCCUGGUCUUGUGCUGUAUUUCACAGCCUGGUGUACAGCGGAUACCAUGCGUUUAUGUGGCUCACCAGUUACAAUUGGGCCAGCUGGAGCGAGCCUGGUUGGCCCACGAUACAGAUGCACUUUCGCUUGGAGGCUUUCUUGAUGCCAUUGAAUGGAUUCUGCAGGAAGUUGGCACCUUAUGAUCCACUGUAGCUUGGAGCAGGUUCCAUCCUUCAGGAAUGAUUAUAUCCCAAUAGCUCGGCAAACCCAAACCCACCCCACCUCAUUCUCAACAGGAGAACUUACUCAAGACCCUGUAUUAUAUCCCAAGGAGGUGACUGGAUACUCGUGAACUCCUCUGAUCCACUGGUCAAUCAGCUGAUGUUGUCUCUCUGAUGAUCCCCACACUCUGCUGCAUCAGGCAGUUGCGUGGAUAAACACUGAGUGGGCCUUAUCCAUGUUGGGCAGCAUUGAUUGGUUGGAUGGUAUGAAUAAAAAGUACUCUAUGCCAUUAA